AUGACACGUUUCCUCGGCUUCCGAGGCACUCGCCUCAACUAUGUGAGCAUGCUGGGCGUAGUGAUGCCAGCAAUCAUGUCAGUGGGCUAUAACCAAGGGUUACUAGGCGGAGUCCUGACCCUCCCCUGGUUCGAAGCCCAGUUCCCCGAAAUCGACGUGAGCAACGCCCACCCAUCAGAAAAGCACUACAAGUCGACAUUGCAGGGGACUGUCGUAGGCCUGUAUGCAGCCGGUGGUCUGCUAGGUGCCGUCGCCUGUAUCGCACUCGGCGAUGUACUCGGUCGUCGCCGUACCAUAAUAAUUGCCUCAGUGGUGCAAAUGAUCGGGGCCUUCCUGAUGGCCAGCUCGUUCGGCUUUGCUCAGCUGGUCGUAUCGCGGAUCAUACUAGGUCUCGGCACUGGAGGGCAGCUAGCCACUGUGCCGAUCUGGCAGUCGGAGAUAUCGCCGGCUAGUAAGCGUGGCGCGCAUGUUGGGACGACGGGUAUUUUCGUGGCGAUGGGUCUUACCCUGGCUCUACUUGUUGAUCUUGGGAUGUCGUAUGUUCCGAACAGCGCGAGCUGGCGCGUUCCUGUUGGUUUGCCGAUCGUUAUGUGUUUAAUGGUGAUUGCGUUUGCGUCGCAUCUGCCUGAGUCGCCUCGUUGGCUGGUCCGUCAAGGUCGGGUGUCUGCUGCUCGGGAGGUAUUGGCAGCCCUGAGAGAUACCGAGGUUGAUAAUGAGGUGGUCGAGAAAGACGUUUUGGAUAUUGGGUCCUCGUUGGCUAUCGCGGGAAAAGGGACUUUUGGGCAAGUCUUUCGCAUGGGACAUCAAAGAAUCUUCCAUCGUGCCUCGCUUGCAGCGGGAGGAUUGGUGUUGUUGCAAUUGACGGGGGUCAACUGCAUUACGCUCUACAGUACGACAAUAUUCGAAACUCAUCUUCAUCUCAACUCGACCACAUCAAGAAUCUUAUCCGCGAUCUAUCAACUGUCCGGCGUUUUCGGUGGCAUUGUCUGCGUCUUUACCGUCGAAGGCUUCGGUCGUCGACCCUUGAUGAUGUCAAGUGCGACGGCCAAUACAGUAUUUAUGGUCCUCGUGGCUGCACUGAGUUCCCAGUCGACAAAUAUGGUUGCCAUGUACGCAGCUGUGGUAUUCAUGUUCCUCUUCCACUUCAGCAUGAUCACCGGUUUCGGUGGAUUGCCAUUCCUGUACGCAUCGGAGGUAGCGCCUCUGAGCCUACGCACCACAAUCAACGGCAUCGGCUCGGCCAUAUGGUGGGCUCUGAGUGUGUUGAUCGCGGAGGUCACGCCGAUCGCCUUCAACGCCAUUGGAUGGAAGUACUUUGUUGUCUUUGCUUGUUUGAAUGCUGCGAUGUUACCGGUCCUUUACCUCUUCUUUCCGGAAACCUCGGGGCUGUCCCUGGAAGAUAUCGAUGAGGUAUUUAUCUUGUCUACGGGGUGGUUGGACCCUGUUGGUGUCGCUAAGCGGCUGCCUAACAAAUCAGACGAUGCCAAAUCCCCGGGGGAUAUUACGGCAGAGAGAAAGGAUCAUGAAGCUCCGCAAGGUUGA